AUGGAGCGUGGCAAGCGCCCCAGAGAUCCCGAUGGCGACGAUGUUGAGGAAGUUCCACGGUUGGACAUUUUAGAAGUCGAGGUAAUUUACACAGCAUUCAAAAAGGUAAAGAUUAUCUUUGAGGGCCAUGAGUUGGAGCUUGGGGUUCAUUUGGCACCAAAUGGUACGGUCGAGAUGAGCUUCAUCACGAACUCUACGACUAAUCGUUGGAUCAAGGACGAAACGCGUGAGGAGGCUUCCUUUCGUAACAAGCUUGUCCUUCGACCGAUCUCCACCCAACGUCGCCAGUUUCCUUUCAUGAAACUUCCCGCCGAAAUCCGCUUGAUGAUAUAUGACCUCGUCAUCGACUCUCCAUAUAUCUGGGCGUAUACCAUUAAUAGGUCCCAUUGGUACCGCAACGGUAGACUGAGGGCAUCUAUUGACGGAACUUGUCUCCCCACAGGGCGACACCUUGGCCCUGUGCGUCACCUACUGGUGAUGAAUAAGCAAAUGCGGGCCGAAGUUUCAGUUCUAUUGUUUCAGGCUUUCCAGAUUGAUCUCAACUAUAGGGGCUACGGGGAUCCGGAGGACUGUUGCGACCUCUCUACUACACGCGACGUGCUCAAUGCCGUGGGCCCCCCCGGGCGUGCCAAUAUCAAGAAGAUUCGACUCCGCUGGUGGGAUAGUCGCUGGAAUUCACUCCAAGACAGAGCUGACCCAGCCUUUUCGAAUGUUGCCGAGGAGGUCGUCAACCUGCUCAAGCUAUGUGGUAAACUUGACUACUUACACAUUGUCAUCCCGAGGCACAAAGCCUUAAGGAAAGCGGGCCUGAAGCCACGACACUUCUCCAGAACCUGCGCGUUUGGAGUGCUACGGACCGUUACUAAUGUCAACAAUGUCCGGAUCCAUAGCCCAGGCGAAGCGUUGGGGGAGUGGCUUCUUGAGGGCAUGACUGGGUCGAAGACAGCAGGUAACCCCGAUUUUUGGGGUUGGCACCGUCGGUCCUGGUAA